CCACAAAGCCUCACACGAAGAAGAAGAAGCAGUAGCAGCUAGCUCACGAGCUUCACUGAGCUGCUGCUGCAGGUUUCAUCAGGUAACCAUGGCAGCUGUGCUCCCCGUCAGACCACCCUGCGACAGCAACCCCGCUACUCCCGGAGCACAAUCCUUAAAGGAGGAUGUAAUAGAAGAGGAGUCCAAUGAUGGCAGCCAACCUCCGAAGAGAAGGAGAAUGGGUUCAGGGGACAGCUCCCGAAGCUGCGACACCUCCAGUCAAGACCUUGGCCCGACAUAUUUCCCAGCAGAGAACCUGACAGAGUACAAGUGGCCUUCAGAUGACACAGGAGAGUAUUACAUGCUGCAGGAGCAGGUCAGCGAGUAUCUGGGAGUCACAUCCUUCAAGAGGAAGUACCCAGAUAUGGAGAGAAGAGACUUGUCCCACAAAGAGAAGCUUUACCUGCGUGAGCAGAACGUCAUUACUGAAACACAGUGUACUCUGGGUCUGACAGCUCUGCGGAGUGACGAGGUGAUAGAUCUGAUGAUAAAGGAGUAUCCCAUCAAACACUCUGAAUAUUCAGUCAUACUGCAGGAGAGAGAGCGGCAGAGGAUAAAUAAAGAGUACUCUCAAAUGCAGCCGCAGAACCCUCAGAAGGUGGAGGCCAGCAAGGUUCCUGAGUACAUUAAGAAGGCAGCCAAAAAGGCUGCAGAGUUCAACAGUAACUUCAACAGGGAGCGUAUGGAAGAGAGGAGAGCUUACUUUGACCUCCAGACACAUAUUAUCCAGGUACCUCAGGGCAGGUUCAAGGUUCUGGCUCCAGAGCUGACAAGGACGGGGCCUUACCCUGUAGCUCUCAUACCAGGACAGUUCCAAGACUACUACAAAAGGUACUCUCCCAACGAGCUGCGGUACUUGCCAUUGAACACAGCUCUGUUUGAGCCUCCGCUGGAUCCAGAGCUCCCUGCGCUGGACUCAGAACCAGACUCGGAUGACGCAGAGGAUGGCAAGGGUGACAAAAAGAACAAGAACUCAUCUGACAGUUCUUCAGGCAACACAUCAGAUGUGGAGAGCCAAGAGGGAGCAGGUAGGCCGGGCCACAAGUCCAAGGCCAAAGACAGGACAUCCACGCCGGGCAAAGACGGCAGCCAGCGCCAUUCAGCCUCCCACAAAGCGGCCCCAGGGUACAAGCCUAAGGUCAUUCCCAAUGCUAUAUGUGGCAUUUGCCAGAAGGGUAAAGAGGCCAACAAGAGGGGCAAACCAGAGGCUCUCAUUCACUGCUCUCAAUGUGAUAACAGCGGCCACCCGUCCUGCUUGGACAUGAGCAAGGAGUUGGUGGGUGUGAUCCAUACGUACCGCUGGCAGUGUAUGGAGUGCAAGACGUGCACUGUGUGUCAGCAGCCCCACCAUGAGGACGAGAUGAUGUUCUGCGACAAAUGUGACCGAGGAUACCACACGUUCUGCGUGGGCAUGGACUCCAUACCUACUGGCCUUUGGGUGUGUGAGGUUUGCGACAAAGAUUUCACCACACCCAAGAAGAAGGGAGGAGCCAAAACACCGAAGAAGUCCAAGUCAGCUCAAAAAUGAUCAACAACAGCAUCUUUAACCACAAUACCGUGACCAAAUUCUACACAAAUGCACAUUAUGUUAUUUGUUCAAUCAUUUUAAAAACAUUGGAUCCAUGUGAUCCAAAAAUAAAAAAGUGUAGCCCUCCUAGCAAAUACCAACAAUCCAAACAACCUGCUGUUAGUCUUUAUUGAUUGACAGGUCUGUAAAUACACAGACUAACGCUAGAAAACAGAUUUAUUAAUCUUUUCUGUGAUUUUCCUUUACAUCAGUAAGUCGGGCCUAUAAUUUGAAUCACAAUCAGUUGAGAUAUACAGAACUUUCCAUCUCCAAACCAAACUUUCGAUAAUGUAUGUUAUACCUCAAAUGUACGUGCUCAAAAAUAAUCCAGAUUAGGAAUUAACUUCAACAUAGCAUCUCUGUUCUGUAAAGGUGCUGCACUAAAUCCUGUGAUCUGCUAACCACUAACGGUAUUAUUCCUACUUCAUUAAACUGAUUCAUCUAGUAGUUUUUGCAGUGGGAAAGUUGUUUCAGUUGAACAAAUGGUGCUUUUCUUUAUCUGGUACUACUGAAACAAUCAAGGGCUCGCUGAUGUAAUUCAGUUUCUUUAAAAACAUUUUUGUACAGUUUUGUAUUUUCUUGGUAUUUCAAUUCACAUUUAUUUAAUGAGGCAGGCCAGUAAAGAGCAAUCUUAUUUAAACAAAGUCUUAAAUAAUGACAUGGUGCUUUUGAUUCUGUGUAAUGAAAUGUAAUAGACACUGGCUGUGGUAGACCUCAUGGCUGCAGCAGGUAUUUAUGUGAGUCUUGAUUACUGAAACAAAGUAUCUCACUUUACAUGUAUUGAUUUUGUUGUCGACCCUCCACUAUUACUAAUUAUUCAAAAAUGUAACCACUCAUUGUAAUUACAUUGAAAUUCAACAUCCAUCAGCUAUGAUUAGUCAACUGAUAUUUUUGCAGUCAGCUUGAAAGAUUUUUUUUUUUGAAAUUAUUUUGUUUUCUAUAUUGACCCUCAGCAAGCAGUUUGUUUAAGAAAUAUUUGUUGCUAGCAAUGUCAUAGUCACUGAAUUGUGUUUUGUUUUUUUUCCAAUAAAAGCUACUUUAAAAAGCCUCA